GGCGGCGGCCGCGGCCGGCGGUUGAGGGGAGGGGGGAGGAAGCUGGCGGCUGGGGUCUGGACCGGUGGCGGCGGCGUUGCUGGUCUCCCGGGAGCUGGGCGGGACCGGGGCCGGAGUCCGUACCUCCUGUCAUCGAAGCUGUACUGAAUGACAACCAUUUUCACUUGGGCACACGUCAUUGCCUGAUUCAUGGCACCGGGUACCUCAUGGUGUGAGGGCCACAGUCAUUCAACCUGAAGUAUAAUGGCAACGAGCCAACUGACUGAGAUUUUGGAGGCCACCAACAAUAACGAUAGGCAGGAACAAGUAAGAAAUCUGUCAGAUCAUUGGAUUCAUCCAAAAUCUUUCACCUGGGCGUGCCCAGAUCAUUCCUUUGUGAAGAAGAUUUUACAGGUCGGCAGUGGGCUAGAUAAACCCAAAGAAGGAUCCAGGUGCCGUGUAUGCAUUGAGGUGGAACCCACAAGCAAUUUUGAUUCAAGGAAGCAUUUUCCAAUUGGGAUCAAUCAGUCGGCGGAACUGAUUCUUGGCGAAAGUGAUACAUGGUUUGCAGAAGUAAUUGAUAAAUGCGUUGAGACAAUGCUGCUGGGAGAGCAGUGUGAAGUCCUUCUGGCUCCGGGUUUGGUGGAGGCAGGUACAGACCUUGCUGAUGGACUGAAGUUCACUGUGAAACUGGAAGAGUUGACUCUCCGUAAAGACUCCUGGGAGAUGACAUUCGAAGAAAAGUGGCAAGCAGCAAUGCACCACAAAACUAAAGGCACUGAGCAUUUUAAAAACGGGAAUCUCUUUGGAGCCACACGGCGCUACGCGAAAUCGCUGAGGCUGCUGGUGUCAGUGAAAUACGAAGUCCCUCCCGAGAAAGGAGAGGAGUACAACAAAGUCAGGUGCACACUGUACUCAAACCUGGCUGCCUGCCAGCUGAAGCAAAACCAGUACAGAAACGUCAUCCAGAACUGCUCCAAGGCACUGGAGAUAGAGCCCAACUCCGUGAAGUGCCUGUACCGUCGGGGUCAGGCCUAUGCCUCCAUCAAUGAGGUUGACAAAGCCAAAGGGGAUUUGAAGAGGGUGCUGAAGCUGGAGCCAGGAAACACAGCUGCUGUGCAGCAACUGAGAAUUGUCACUAAACAAAUCAGAGCCCAAAAUGAAAAACUGGGCAAAGCAAUGAGUAAGUUAUUCAGCUAGGGCUGGCAAACAUUUGCACACACUGUCCAUUUGCUAAAACUGUCUUAUUUAAGAAACAUGUUCCUGAAUACAGGAAGACUUCAUGUUUUUGGAUCAGUAUGUAUGUGUUUACAAAGGAUCUUACUGUACUGUUGUGUACUUUGGGGUUAUAACCACUAUAAAGUUGCUUUGCACAAAAGCCCUCUGUUCAUUCCACAAUGUUAAUAAAUUUUGAUGGGAAAUUGUUAAUUAUCCAGAUAGUUUUCAAAGUAAAGUAACUAGCUAAUCUCUUGAGGUUUUGUUUGUAGAUUUUGUUGGGGCUUGAAACACUGUGAUAAGAUUUAGCUGCUAAGUGGAACUGUCACUCAUUGCUCCAAUGUUUCCUGCUUUAAGUGGUCUGGAUAAUCACUGAGGCUAUACGGAGUUUAACUGGUGUUUACAUUUUGCAUGUUGUUUUUGUACAUUUCUGUCUUGGGAAAAGAAGUUUAUUUGGAUACCUUGACCGCAACCGUGAUGUGUACUGUUCAAUCAAAAUUCUUAAUUAAACUUCCAAAUUUCCUGUGAAAUU